GCGGUGCUAGCCCCGCCCACAGCCCCGCGGGGGAGCGGGAGGGGCAGCGCUCUCGGCGCGGCCGUUAAAAGCGUUCCCGCCUCACCGCGCGCCCAGUCAGCGGGGCGGCCGCGCCGGGAGCGGGAACCGGCGAUGCUGGAGAAUGGGUCCCUGAGGAACUGCUGCGACCCGGGCGGGAGAGCCCGCUUCGGCUUGGCGGAGCGGGGGGAGGAGGCGGCGGGGGGAGCCCCGCGGCCGGCCUGGGUGGUGACGGCGCUCUCCAGCGUGCUGAUCUUCACCACCGUGGUGGACAUCCUGGGCAACCUGCUGGUCAUCGUCUCUGUCUUCAAGAACCGCAAGCUCCGGAACGCAGGUAAUGCAUUUGUGGUGAGCCUAGCUCUGGCUGAUCUGGUGGUGGCCUUGUAUCCAUACCCCCUGGUGCUCUUUGCUAUUUUCCACAAUGGAUGGACAUUGGGUGAAAUUCACUGUAAAGUGAGUGGCUUUGUGAUGGGACUGAGUGUAAUAGGCUCUAUUUUCAACAUCACUGCAAUUGCAAUAAACAGAUACUGCUAUAUAUGUCAUAGUUUUGCCUAUGACAAAGUGUACAGCUGUUGGAACACGAUGCUGUAUGUCUCCUUAGUCUGGGUAUUAACAGUAAUUGCAACUGUGCCAAAUUUUUUUCUUGGCUCUUUAAAGUAUGACCCACGCAUCUAUUCAUGCACAUUUGUUCAGACUGCAAGCUCCUACUAUACCAUAGCUGUUGUGGUAAUACACUUCAUCGUCCCUAUCACCAUUGUGAGCUUCUGCUACCUUCGAAUCUGGGUUUUAGUGCUUCAAGUUAGAAGACGAGUCAAGUCAGAAACAAAGCCAGGACUGAAGCCAAGUGACUUCAGAAACUUUCUUACCAUGUUUGUGGUUUUUGUGAUUUUUGCCUUUUGCUGGGCACCUCUAAACUUCAUUGGACUGGCUGUAGCCAUUGACCCUAUGAAAAUGGCACCAAAAGUUCCUGAAUGGUUAUUCAUUAUAAGCUACUUCAUGGCCUAUUUUAACAGUUGCCUUAAUGCAAUAAUAUACGGACUUCUUAACCAGAAUUUUCGGAAUGAAUACAAAAGAAUUUUAAUGUCACUGUGGAUGCCAAGGCUUUUCUUCCAGGACACGUCCAAAGGAGGAACGAAUGGUCAGAAGAGCAAACCUUCUCCUGCUUUAAACAACAAUGACCAUGUGAAAACUGAAACCUUGUAAGCAUGUAAUAGUCAAUGCAAGACAGGUGAACACAAGCUGUUUGACUUCUGGGAGCUGUAUCCUACUCCCAGACAUAUGAAUGAGUCAUUUUUUUACUUCAGUGGGACUUUUACAUUCUUUAUACAACAUCAGAUACUUUUCUAUGGCACAGCAGCUCAUCAAGGCUGUGGAGUGAUAUUUUCCACCCUCCUGUAUCUGAACAAAGAGGAUGAAGCAGAUAAAUACAGUCUGUUCUCCACACAUAAACCAAAUAUCACAUUUCUGUGCAUGUACUGGUGGCAGUAGCAGUAUCUCUGAAUCAAACUUGUAAAUUGGAGAGAAUAUUUGUGUAAAAGCAAUUAGCAUUAGAUCCUUUUCUCACAGAUUUUUCAUAUUUGCAUACCCUGAGAUUGGGAAUACAGUGUAUUUACGUUGUUCACCUUUCGUGGUCAAUUUUAUGGUAGAUAAUAUAGUACAAAUGGUUGAUUUCUUACAUAUUUACUUUACACAGUAUUCUUCCUUUAGAGAGGAUUGAAUUUUCAUUGUGUUCCGUUUAUUUACCUUAGUGUAUACAUCCAAUGUCAUCUGAUGCACACUUUACACAUUUGCAACUGGCUAGAAAUUAUGGCACAUGACCUGUAAUUAUCUGGAGUAGCGACUAGUCACCAGGCAGGAUAUCCUAGAACAUCUGACAUUAUGCUAAACCAAAAAAAGAAGGCCUUUUGACUAUAAUGGUAGAUGAGAUACUCACUUUACAUGUCUACAUCUAAUCUUGAAUAAAAUCCACGGUUGGUGUCUAAUCUAAGAUAACCUUCAAGGUUCCUUAGAAUGGACAUAUGUUUCCUUCCAUCUGUGAUGAUAAACACACAUCCAGGGAUUAAAUGAAUUGCUUUGUGGAGGUGCUGGUCUCCUUUCAUUGGCUUUAGAAGGAGCUUUGAUUGCAAGUUCAAAUAUCUCACUUUGGGUAGCUGGACAGGGAUUUACCUUGCCUGAUUAGGAAUGUCUGCAGCGUAGGUGUUUGCACACCAAGUAUUUUCUAAAUUCCCACUCUAAUCCAUGGCAUUCUAGGAAAUGGUUAAUUUGAAUCUGACACAGGCAAAUUCUCCUCCCCGUCCCAAUGGGGCAGGGCUGAGGGGAAGACAGCGCUUAGUUGCUGGAUGGGCUUAAACCACAGCAAUGACUUCCCAUUUUCUUUUCAAACUCAGUUCAAAUUCAAAGCAAAUUUCUUCUUUUUCUGGUAACACAUUGUAAUAGUAAGCAUAUAGAGCAGAUUCCAAUCUGGGCUAUACUCCACAGCAUCAUAGUAGUCUACACAGUGUAGUUUGUGUUAUCUCUAAAUCAGAUUAGGGAUCUGUGUGUAAACACACAGUCAGUGAAGUUAUUUUAGAAUUAUACCUGAAAUGCACAUUAUUCUUACUAGUGCUGUUCAUGGGAAAGGAGAUGGGCUUCUGGUAAAUCCAUGUCAGGUACUAAAAUAGGAAAUGGAGAAAUUCAGGUCUAUAUUACAUUCCAGUUUAGGUUUCCUGACCUGGUUAUUGUGGAAAGUAUUUCUGUAGUAGUGUUGUUAGCCAAUAUACUGCUCCUGAAGUCAUAAAGAUGCAUGAAACAUCAACAUCACCCUUAUGUUGCUACACGUACAGAAAAAUGAAGAACUGCAGUAUUUUUAAUGCUUUAUUUGCUUGACAAAAGUCUGUGUAAAGCACAGCAAAGUAACAAACGUGACAGCUCUUCUAAGCUUCUUUCUUGCUCUUCAGAUAAUUUCUGAUAAACUCUGAAGUUCAGUACCCUAGGACUUAUAGAGUAUUAGCCUGAGGAAAACUGAAAACUUUGUGAAUAGGGAUAAGAAAGACAUGAGACAAAUUUAAGCUCGUGGUAGGUAGUAAAAGCAUUGUAGCUAAAAGUAGCAACAUUAAUAUGUAACCUACAUAUUAAUAGGUAAUAUGGUUAUAACAUGAGUUGAAAGUAUAUUCAGGAACAACAUAUCAGCUCUGUUUAGAUUUAUGCAUCUUUGAGGAAAUAACUAUUAUUUCUAUUAUAGAAAAGUAAUCAUACCAGCAUAUCAAAUACAGACACUUUAAGAAUAUGAGGAAGAAAGAAAAAUCUAGGGCCUUGGGACAAAGUCUGUUUCCAGAAAAUAUGGAGCAUUUUCAAGCAUGUAAAGUUAUCUUGAUUAAAAAGUGUUGUAUUUUGUGUUUAUUAUAAGAAAUAAAUCUAUUCUAGAAUUGUUCUUACAGUAGAGUCCUGAUUGAAAAAACCCCAAAACUUAAGAACACAUUUAGAUAAAGAUUAUUACUAUUAUUUCCCAAUUGUAUUUUUAAAGAACUGCACAAGCCUGGGAAUUUUCCAAUGAAUAAACAGCUGCAGAAAAUUGUAUAUAAUUCUUAAUGCAUAUGUAACAAGAUUUUGGUUAUCUGAAGAAUUUCUUGCAUUUAAAGGUAUUUGCAAAUUUUAAUGGAAAAUGUGGAAGACUACUUUCAGUCAUCUAUUGAUACGGUGCUAUUU